AUGGAACACAAGACGAAUCGAUAUUGGAAAAAUGUCCUCAUUAGCGUGCCGGUUGUAGGGGCUGGGUUGGCGACCAUCACCUACCUAUUACGCCUCUACUGCAGGCGAAUGAAAGCGGUGGGGCUUCACCUUGAAGAUUAUCUAAUGGGAGCCGGCCUGAUCAUCUCCUAUUGUGUUACAGCUUUUGUAGUAGAUACCGCCUUCAAUGGCAUCGGUUUGCCGAUCGCAUCACUCCCAAAAUAUCAACGGAGGCGUAUUCAAUUCGAUUCAUGGAUGAUACAGAAGUUCUGGGCCCCAUCAAUGGCCUUUGUGAAGAUCUCGAUUGUCGUCUUCAUCAAACGACUUUUCGGCUCCAUCCGUGCAUACGUCGUUAUCUCCAACUGUCUAGUCGGAUUUAUCGCCAUAUGGGCUUUCGCGAGCCUGAUGGUUAAUAUAUUCCAGUGCAUACCAGUACAAUACUACUAUGACAAAAAAUUGAAAGGACACUGCAUGGCGGCCCAGGUUCAAUUUUUCCAGACUAUGGGCUCGAUCGCAUUGAUUGAAGAUGUUAUCAUUCUCUGUCUGCCGAUUCCGGCAUUUUGGAGAUUACAAAUGAACAAUCGGCAAAAGAUAUCAUUAAUGCUGGUGUUUUCUUUAGGUGGAGUUGUCUGUAUCUUCAGUUUAAUGCGCUUGAUUGAAUUUCGCAAUUUCCACAUCACAGACCUUGCGGCAUCAAGUGCCAAAGAGUCCAUCUGGACUUGCCUCGAGGUCAACGUGGCCACCAUCUGCGGCUGUCUCCCAUUUUUUAACCCACUUGUGCAAGGUGUCCGCAGAAAAGUCAGACGUGGCGACUCGAGAUAUAAUCCCCAACCUUCGACCGGAUCCAACCUCCAAUUACAUACGCGGGGAAACAAAGACAAUUGUAGAGAGCUUGAUAGUGAUUCUGGAGCAUCAGCAAACUCGAAUAGCCGCAAUGCUAUAGCCACAGCAAGUCGACAGAGCCCAGAUGUAGAGAAUAAUAGGCAGGACGUGGAUGGGCAGUCCGACACAUGGUUAGAUAGUGAGGAUCUGGCGAAUCGCGUGGGAAGGCAAUGA